GGAGGAGAUGGAAGGAGGGGAAAGAAGAGAAGACAAAAGAUUCAUAAAACAUAAGCAGUUGUGGACGACCGGAAAAGUUCUCGUAAAACUCACCCUCUUACAAGUUGAAGGAAUGGGCAGCUUUCCAGUGGUCCUGCUCCUCUGCAGUUUCCACGCUCUCACAGCUGUAGCCGAAGCCCAGCAGACCGAGAGCACUGAGCCACCUGGGGGCACCUUGCCAAACAGCUGUAGGGAGGAGAUGUAUCCAUGCACCAGGAUGUACUCGGUCCACAAGCCCAUCAAGAGAUGUAUUGGUGCUCUUUGUAUCUACAGCAUCUCUCGUGUCUAUGUGAUCAACAAUGAGAUCUGUGUGAGGACGGUGUGCCAACAGGAUGACUAUCUGAAAGCCGAACUGUGCCGAGAGUUGUCCGGGUGGCCCAGGCGUAUCAAGAGGUCAUCUAAUAGGAAACGCUGUCGCAAUCACCGUGGCAACCCCAAAACUUGGGCAAACAAGGCCUGAUGAGGCCCAGGAUGGCGAUGUGACCACCUGUGAGGAUGGAGCCUCUCUUAGAGACACAAACCAACCAGGGACCUCGCCAUAAAAACAGCCCAUAACACUAUAAAUCCACCACUCUACACCUGGGGGUCUCUUUCUUUCUUUUACACGUACGAUGAGUCAUGUCGGUUUAGUCUCUUGUGUGAGAAUAUCGGAGCUCAUUUCAUCUGUUUGUUUUUGGACACAGGCCACAUCUUCUGCGGUUCACGAUCCAUUUGAGGUACUGUAGUAAUGGACCUAUAGCAGCACUGAGUGAUUUCAUUGUACAAAGAAAGACACACUUUUUACUCACUGACAACCAGUAAUAUGUCCACUGUUGUAACUAAACAUAUAAAUGUAUAAAUACAUUUGGUCACAAGUAA